AAGGAGAAACCCAACUACAAACCCACCGGCCUGCUAGCGAAAGAAGCCAACACCGUCCAAGGCACCAACACCGUCCUCAAAUACCACGAGCCCCCGGAAGGACGCAAGCCCCCGCCCAAAGAGCAAUGGCGGAUGUACGUGUUCAAGCAAAAGGAUCUGCUCGACACCGUCUACCUGCACGAACGCAGCGUCUGGCUUAUGGGCCGCGAUGCCAAGGUGACGGAUCUCCUGCUCGAGCACCCGAGUAUUUCGAAGCAGCACGCCGUCAUUCAGUUCCGGCACAUUAACAGCAAGAACGAAUUUGGGGACAAGAUGAGUCGCGUGAAGCCGUACUUGAUUGAUUUGGAGAGUGCGAAUGGGAGCAAGCUGAAUGGGAAGAAGGUGGAGGCGAGUCGGUAUGUGGAGUUGGUGGAUGGAGAUGUCGUGGCUUUUGGGGAUAGUGAGAGGGAGUAUGUCAUGAUG